UUUGACUUUUCACCCUCUAGCUACACUAGUGCCACCAAUUUAGGACAGUUCAACGGAUACUUUUGAAAUAGAAAGAUUAUUUUUACCCUUUAUUAGAAAAACAAUCAUAAACUUACUUUUUUCAUUUCAUUUAUUGGUGAACGAAGCAGAACAAUACAAUAGAUGGUAAAGGGAACAGUAUUUCUUUUGACCUUAGAAAUCUUCUGUUGAAUUUAAAUGCUACACCCAAAAACGAAUUCAAUAAAUAUAAAGCAAAUAUUUAAAUUUAGAAAAUUUUAUUUGAACAGGAUAACUAUGUUCAAUAUUACUCAAUGUAUAGUUUUUACUCGUUUUAGUUCAAUGUUUAAAAUUAUUAUCAAAUGAACGUAUAAAUUAAAGAGAAGAAGAAGAAUUAUUUUUUAUUAUUUAAUUUGCGAGAUCAACAAGUUUUUGCGAUACUUAUUAAUUCACGAUUUUUUCCUCUGUUGGCUUCUUGAUGAAUUUUAUUUAUUAAAAAAGAUAUUAUUAUAAAAUAUGAUUUGAUAUUUUACAAAAUGAAAAUAAGGUAACUAGUGAUAAACGAUUGUGAAUGCCAAUUUUGUACAUUAGAUCGUUCGCUGUUAAUAACUGGCAAAUAACUUUGUAUUGAAAUCCCCUCAACAUUUUAAUGAAACUUUUGAAUAAACUUUUUAAUUGAAAAUUUUAAACAAAAAAAAAAGAAUUAUUUGUUUUUGCUUGUUUUAUCUUAAUGUUUGUAAUUAUUAUCAAAUGAACGUAUAAAUUAAAGAAAAGAAGAAGAAUUAUUCUCCUCUAUAAUGAGAACUUCAGCAAUGUACCAUACCCUGUUCAAAAUUACUACACUCAUUAAUAGUUCUGUUAGUGUUAAUAGUUGAGUUACUAUUGGUACUGUGUAUACAUACUUAUUAUUGCUGUUAUAUUCAAAAUGGCUACUUUGUGGGGAUUGUAUCUAGACUGUGUGAAAAGAGGCAUGACAUUCAAAGAGAAUUGUACGAUCUGUUUAGCUCAAUUCAAUGGACACCUAUCUUUGACAAAAUGCUGUCACGUGUAUCAUAGAAGGUGCUUGCGAAAGUGGGUUCGCAGAUCUCAUGGGUCGUCCUGUCCUAUAUGCAGAGAACCUCUAAAAAUGAAUUCCUCGUUAUGUGAAGAACCUUCAAAUGACUCCAAUGUAUAUGAAUUGGAUGUGGGUAAUGCAGACGAAGCGAGCAAUGACGAAGACACAGACGACGAAGACAUCGACUACGAAGACACCGACUACGAAGACACAUCCGAAGAAGACACAUCCGACGAAGACACAUCCGACGAAGACACAUCCGACGAAGACACAGACGAGGAAGACACCGAUGCCGUCGAAGACGAUCGAGACGCUGUCACCGAGGCUAAGAUCGGUCAAGAAGCUGAUCAAGAGGCUAACAUUGACAACGAUGCCGUCGAAGACUAUCGAGAAGCUGUCACCGAGGCUAACAUUGAUCAAGAAGCCGACCAAGAGGCUAACAUUAAUCAAGAAGCCGAUCAAGAGGCUAACAUUGAUCAAGAAGCUGAUCAAGAGGCUAACGAUGAUGAAGAGUCUGAUAUAUUUGAAGACAGUGAAGACGAUGAUAUCAAUUUAAUAAUAAUUAUUAUUAAUAAUAGAUUAUUGGCCACUCGUCGACGAAGCCGAAGUCAUUGCUGAUAUGGUCAGCGAAGAUUACAUGGACCGAUAUGAAAUCAGUGAAAAUGAUGUGUGGUAAAUUAGAAAUCGAAAUAUAAAUUGUUACUAUUUGUGUUUAUUUAUUUUGUUUAUUUUGUUUGUAUAUUUCGUAUGAUUAAAUUAUUUAUUUAUAUAUGAGUUUUUUUCCUCCCUUUCCUCAGACUAUUAGCCAGCAUAAAAUUAAAUAGAAAUGUAAGUGUUACCAUCAUCUUCAGAAGAAAGAAAAUAUAGAAGUGCC